CCUUAAAUUCAAAUUUCUAACCUAUAAACUCGCGGUAAAUAAAAUGAGCGAUUCAGGUGUCUGUGAAAUAAAAGCAGAGUACAUUUUGCCGGAUCAAGAGAGACAAAUCAUUUUGGAGUGUGUAUCGGAGAAGGACAAAACCAAGUUGCAAAAUGAAGAUGAAAAGAGCGAAGAACAGCCGGCUAAAAGGCAGAAAUUAAGCAAGAGCGAAAAAAAGAAGCUAAAAGGGCAGAAUAAGUCGCGAGGGCCUACUUUUGUGCGUAAUAAAGAGGUUGAAUUGUGUAAUUGUUAUUCUGAUAUUGCGGUUGAUGAAGAAGCCCCAAAGUGCGAGAGAAAAAAUUGUCAGUUCUUGCAUAGUGUUGAGGAAUAUUUGAAGGUUAAACUGGACGAUAUAGCGAGUACUUGUUACAAUUUCGAGACAACAGGGAGAUGUAUCAGAGGUUUAACUUGUAGAUUUGGCUCUGUGCACAUCUCAAGCGACGGUAAAAACGUUGUAGACAACGAAAAAGUGGAAUUACACAAAGAAAAAGGGCUGAAAACCAAAAACCAACUAAGCUAUGAUCUUCAAAUUUCCCUGAGAAAGAGGCAAUACAACUUUGAUUUAUCUGAAGCUCUAAUCAGAAACAACGACAAACGUAGAGCGGAAAAAAGCGGAAAUCCCAAAGCAGAACCCAAAAAAACCAGUGGGUCUGUGACGGACGAGGACGUUGUUAAAAUAUUGAGCCGAGAAAAGAAGAAAAUUGACUGGACCGAUAAGUUGGUUUUGAGUCCUCUAACCACAGUGGGAAAUUUGCCUUUCAGGAGAAUUUGCAAGGAGUAUGGGGCUGAUGUUACUUGCGGGGAAAUGGCCAUGUGCACUUCUUUGUUGCAAGGGGCCCCCCAAGAAUGGGCCUUGGUCAAAAGACACCACACUGAGGAUAUUUUUGGGGUCCAAUUGUGCGGCAACAACCCGUACGUGCUGACGAAAUGCUGCCAGCUGCUGGAAAAAGAGUGCGAAAUCGACUUCGUCGACUUGAACCUGGGCUGCCCGAUAGAGCUGGUGUACAGGGAGGGGGGCGGCUGCGGGCUGGUGCGCCGGCAGAACGUGCUCGAGUGCUGCGUGCGCAGCAUGAGCGACGCGCUCACGAUCCCUCUGACGGUGAAGAACCGCACCGGCGUCUACAGCAACGAGAGCAUCGCGCACCUCCUGGCGCCCAAGUUCCGCGACUGGGGCGCCACUCUCAUGACGAUACACGGCCGAUCUAGAGAGCAGCGGUACACGCGCUCCGCCGAUUGGUCGUACAUCCGCGAGGUGGCCAAGGCGGCCGCGCCGAUGCCGGUGCUAGGCAACGGGGAUAUUUUGACGUACGACGACUACAAAAAGGCGCGCGAGACGGCCCCAGAACUGACGGGGGUGAUGAUCGGCAGGGGGGCGCUGAUAAAGCCGUGGAUUUUUCGGGAGAUCAAGGAGCAGAAAUUAAUCGACGUAUCCAGCCGGGAACGGUUCGAUUUAAUACAAAAAUACGUCAACUACGGUUUGGAACACUGGGGUUCGGACAAUAAAGGGGUCGAGAACACGAGGCGAUUUUUGUUGGAGUGGUUGUCUUUUUUGUACAGGUAUGUUCCUGUGGGGUUGCUGGAACGGCCACCGCAAAAAAUCAACGAUAGACCGCCGUAUUAUAGAGGGCGCGACGAUCUAGAGACGCUCAUGGCUUCGCCCUCUGCCGGUGAUUGGAUUAAGCUAAGUGAAAUGUUUCUCGGGAAAGUUCCCGAAAACUUUGUCUUUCUACCCAAGCAUAAAGCUAAUUCAUAUAAAUAAAAAUUAUAUUGUUAUAACAAAAU